AUCCGCAUUUCCCAGAACAGUGUCCCAUUUUAAUAUAUUCCCUCCAUCCGCACGCGGGUUCUAUUAUCGGUCACCCUAGCUCCUGUACGUCUCCGCCUCGCUGGAGCUGUCCGUACCUAGCAAUAACAAGGAUAUCGACAAAACCAACGCGCGGGUCGCAUCUCAAAAUACUCCUCUGAGCGGUUGACGGCACAAACUAUCCCAAAAUGUCUCCGUCGCAUCCGCCCGUCACCACCUAUUUCAUUGUGGAUAAUCUUCAUUGCCCAACAUGUGUUUCUGCCAUAAAGGACACGUUAGGAAACAUCGAAGGCGUAGAAUGGGUAUCGCCUAACAUCGUCACCAGCUGGGUCGCCAUUGAGCAUGAUCCUAAGGUAACUCCAAGCGAGAUGUAUUCAAAGUUGGAAUCUGCGGGUUUCGAUAUCUCUGGCGUUGGCUCGACGAAUGGCGAAGUGUCCCUGGCCGACUUGAGACGUGGGGACCACUCUGACGGCCUCCAUCGUUCAGAUACCCACUACUCACUAGAUCUUGGAGAACGACUAACCCCUUGGGGCCGAAUGAUUAAGCUGUCGGAUAAGCUGUCGGAGAAGAUCCUACCCAAGAAAUCAUCAACUUCAGAGGCCGAUAAAGAGAGAAAGGAGAAAGAGCAUCUCAAGAACUGUGAGAAAUGUCGAACCAAGGCAUCGAAUCCUCCUGCGCCUGAUACUUUGCCCUCCGGUACAGCGUCUAACCAACGCGAUGGUCAGUCAGAGGACCAGCAAGUUGAUGAUGAGAAGUCAACUGAGGGACUCGUCACGUCAACGCAGCCUAUUGGGAAUGAGGAUGAUGAGAAAUCCGAAUCUCCCGAUAAUGUUGGGCACCGAUGGAGAGUUUCGAUGACCAUAUCGGAUUUGGUGUGUAGCAGUUGCGUAGCCACCCUCACCGAUCUACUAAAACCGAGACAAUGGAUCACCAAGAUCUCCAUUGACUAUAUUUCUGACAGUGGAGUCUUCGAAUAUAUCGGCACUAAGGAAGAUGCCAAGCAAAUCGCUGAAGCAAUCGAGGACACAGGAAGAGAUACCGAAAUCGUGCAGAUUACCAAUAUUGAUCGCGGCAACAAUGUUAGCAGCGAGAGAACCGUCCGAAUCCGCAUUGAUGGCUUCUACUGCGAGCAUUGCGCCGACCGAGCCACGAAUAGCCUCAGGGGGCUCCCCCGAGAUCUGAAAAUUGAGAAGAGGCCCACUUGCGAACAACCUAUCUUGAAGAUUACCUACACUCCUGCAGGACCUAAGUUCACCAUUCGACAAAUCCUCUCUGUUAUCGAAGCGAGUGAUCCGGCCUUCAAAGCAUCGAUCUUCCACCUUCCUACAUUAGAAGAGCGUUCGAAGAAACUUCGAGCGGCCGAACGAAAGAAGAUCGCCAUCCGCGCUUGGUUCACAACAGCCGUUGUAAUUCCUACGUUCAUCAUCGGCGUUGUGUACAUGAGCCUUGUGCCUGACCAUAAUCCCUCGAAGAUGCUACUCAUGGAAGCUUGGAGACCUGGAAUCAGCCGAGCGCAGUUUUCUCUAUGUAUCAUGGCAACGCCAGUGUACUUCUUCUCUGCGAAUCUCUUCCACCGACGUGCGAUUCUAGAGAUUAAGGCGCUAUGGAUGCGAAGGCCACGAAGCGAUGGGCUGCGCUACAUGGAUGAUGAUGAGACAAGCGGAGCAUUAAAGACUAAGGAGUUCCUCCAGCGAUUUUACCGAUUCGGUAGUAUGGAUAUGCUAGUCUCACUAGGAACUACGAUCGCCUACGUUUCGUCGAUAAGUCAGAUGAUUGCUGCAGCAGUGGAUCGCCCUGCUAUGGUUAACGACGCAAAUUUCUACUUUGACUCGGUCGUCUUCUUGACCUUCUUCUUGCUCUGGGGCAGAUUCAUCGAAAAGUACAGCGAAUCAAAGUUGGGGGAUGCGGUAGAUGCUCUCACAAAGCUUCGCCCGACUACCGCCAAGCUCAUCGAGAAGAUCACGGACACUAACGAGAAAGAAAAAGAAGUCAGUAUCGACAUGCUUGACGUUGGCGAUAUCAUCCGCAUCCCUAAUGGUGCGUCGCCUCCUUGUGACGGAAAGAUUGUGAGCGGGGAAACCAGCUUUGAUGAGUCUAGUCUCACGGGAGAGUCGUUCCCAGUUUCAAAGGCCGCCAAUGACGAUGUCUUUGCAGGAACUGUCAAUAUGGACCGCCCCGUUUUAGUGCAGAUUACUGGUACCGCUGGCCAGUCCAUGCUCGACCAGAUUGUAGCCAUUGUAAGAGAAGGACAAGCCAAACCUUCGCAGAUUCAAGACUUGGCAACUCGACUUACUAAGUACUUUGUGCCCUUCAUUACUUUGAUUGCCAUCAUUACUUGGCUCGUCUGGCUAGUACUUGGCCUAUCCGGUGCGAUCCCAGGACAUUUUCUCGACGUGUCUUCCGGUGGAUGGGUUGUAUUCUCACUUCAAUUCGCCAUCGCCGUGUUUGUUGUCGCCUGUCCGUGCGGUCUUGGACUUGCUGCCCCUACGGCAAUAUUCGCCGGUAGUGGAUUGGCCGCCAAAUAUGGCAUACUUGCUAAGGGGGGUGGACAUGCUUUUGAGAAAGCAAGUCGAAUUGAUUGCGUGGUCUUCGAUAAGACUGGUACUCUCACGAUAGGUGGUCAGCCUAUGAUCACCGACUCUACGACAUUCCCCGAUUGCGAAAUUAGUGAACAGCAGCGUAACACAUUCCUAGGCGCGCUCCGAGCCGUCGAAGAUAACAGCAGCCAUCCUAUUGCAAAGGCUGUUGUCUCCUGGUGCGCAAGCCAAACACUUGAACGUGUUGAAGUCGCAGGCGUUCAAGAAAUGCCCGGAAAGGGUUUGAAGGCGACUUAUAAAGCCGGCUCUCCACCCCAGUCAUAUGACAUCGUCGUCGGCAAUGAGGCACUGAUGGACGACUUUAUGAUUGACAUCUCUCUUGGUGUUGCUACAAGUCUUCAGACUUGGAAGAAAGAGGGCAAAUCGAUCGCACUCGCCGCUAUCAAGGCUGCUGACAAACCCGACACAUACAGAAUCGCCGCCGCCCUCGCAAUCACCGAUCCUAUCCGUCGCGAAACCCCAGCCGUAAUCCGAGCUCUACAAUCAGCAGGCAAGGACGUAUGGAUGCUCUCGGGCGACAACCCCACAACGGCCAAGGCCGUAGCGCUCCGCAUCGGCAUCCCCGAUCUCAACGUCAUCGCGGGCGUGCUGCCGACGGAGAAGCACGAGAAGAUCAAGUGGCUGCAGCAGACGCUCAAGGCGCGCAAGGGCAACGUCGAGCUGACAAACCGCCGCGCGUUCGUGGCCAUGGUGGGCGACGGCAUCAACGACACGGCGGCGCUCAGCACGGCGGACGUGGGCGUGGCCAUUGGGUCCGGCAGCGACGUGGCGAUCUCGAGCGCGGACUUCGUGCUCGUCAACAGCAACCUCGAGUCCAUCGUCACGCUGCUCGACCUCAGCAGGGCCGUCUUCCGCCGCAUCAAGUUCAACUUCGCCUGGGCGCUCGUGUAUAACGUCGUCGCGGUCCCCAUCGCCGCCGGCUGCCUCUACGCGCUCACGGUCGGCGGCCAGCAUGUCCGGCUCCCGCCCGUCUGGGCCAGUCUAGCUAUGGCGCUAAGCAGCAUUAGUGUCGUGACGAGUAGCCUCGCUCUACGGAGCGGGAUCCCUGGGUUGGGGUUUAGGGUUAGGAAGGUUUUUGUGGCGAGGGAUGGGGAGGUGAGGAAGGGUGGUGUUUAUGGGUUUGGGGGUGUUAAGGCCUAGGGGUGGUAGGGGCUGUGGGAAAAGGGGAGGAAGGGUGUAAUGUUAGGGAUGUGAGCCGGGGGUUGAGGCGGGAAGUAUGGUGGUUGGACUCUGGUGGUGGGGAUUAGGGGCUAAACUGAGCAAGAGGCACGAGGAGAGGUUGUCUACCACCCAGUGU